AUGUUUUCUUCGUCAUGUCAACCUUUCAUCGUAGGCGUAUUGAUCAAACAAGACAAACUAUUUCAAUCACAAAAUAACACAACUUACAACCUUUCAGAUGAUUUCAUAAAAUUUACUAGAAAUAUUACAGCAAUGUUUUGCAGGUCUGGAGCCAUAAAAGCUCUUUUGUUACCAAAUUAUGGUAUUGUUACACAAAUGGGUUUCAAGAAAGAAUGUUGA